GCUCGGUAGGAGGGGAGCCAGGCAGGCGCACCCCAAGGUGGCUCCUGCACUUCGGGGAAGGAGGGGCCCCAGGGUGACUGGGGGCUCAGGGUGCACGGACCCCACACGCCUCGGGCACCCAGGUCCUGCAGCUUCUUCUCCCCGGCCCUCCUGUCGGUGGUGGGGGGGCGUGGAGCCCAGAGUCUGUUGCCCUGGGUACUGGUCUCUGGGCAGGGCCACCCAACCCGGGAUCGUGGGGCCCAAAGGGCUUCCUGGAGGAAGAGAGGAUCCAGGCAGGCCUGAGGCUAGAGGGAGCCUUGUGGGGAGGGGUCAGUGUGGCCUCCGCCUGGAUUGUCAAGGGAGGGGAGGCUGAGGGGAACGGCCCAGGCCUCAGUGGGUGCUGGGAUGCAGGGGACAGACCAUGGUCCAGGGUCUGUCCCAGGACCUGGGAUCUGUGUGGGGCACGGUUAAGGGGGUGCCCCCGGGCCUCAAGCACAGAGAACUGGGGCAGGGGAGGUUCCUGCAAGGGACAGAGGGGCAAAAGGAAGACCAGAGGCCCAAGGCAGGGCUCAUCCCACGCGGCUUUCCUUGGAGGGGAAGCUGAGGAAAGGGCGGAGUGACUGCAGGGUGGGAGGGAGAGGCCAGAGGGGCAGUGCCCCAGGAGCCAGUGGGGGCCUCUGGGCACAGGCCCACGGGCGGGCUGUGACCCUGUCACUGGGCGGGGGCACCCCGCCUGGGCCCUCGCCCCGGUACGCCUUCUCCACCUGCGCUGUGCUCCUGUCACCGUGUCAGGGUUGCCUCUGAGCCCCGGGCUGGGCAGAGGGACGAGGGUGAUGCGUGGAGGCCAGCCACUGGACUUCACGCUGACCUAUGACCUCGCACACUCCCAUCCUGCGGGCAGCCUCCCACCUGGUGACCCGGGUCCUGGGCGAGUGCGCUGGCCCCUCCCGACCUCAGCACCCCACAAGGUCUGCUUCAAAGACCCCUGCAGGCAAACGGGUGCAGCUUGCCCGCCCCGCGGGACAGGUGCCAGCCCGCCCUGCCGCCCCCAGGCACCACGUCCACUACGUGAUCCCGUACGACGGGGACCAGUCUGUGGUGGACGCCUCCGAGAACUACUUCGUGACAGACAACGUCACCAAGCAGGAGAUCGACCUCAUGCUGGGGCUGCUGCUCGGCUUCUGCAUCAGCUGGUUCCUGGUGUGGAUGGACGGCGUCCUGCACUGCGCCGUGCGCGCCUGGAGGGCGGGCCGGCGCUACGACGGCUCGUGGACCUGGCUGCCCAAGCUGUGCAGCCUGCGGGAGCUGGGCCGGCGGCCACACAGGCCGUUCGAGGAGGCGGCAGGGAACAUGGUGCAUGUGAAGCAGAAACUCUACCACAACGGUCACCCGAGCCCGCGGCACCUCUGAGCCGCGCGCAGGACUCGCGGGGCCGCCGGCCACCGCGCCCACGCUCACGGGACUGGACGGCCGGCCCGGGCCGGGGCGCCCGCGGCCGUCGGGCGCGUCCGGCGGA